AUAUAUGUAUGUACACUGUACACUGUACACUGUACAGGUAUUAUUCGAUUACGAAGCCGAAGGCGGAUAUACACUCGUAUGUGUAAUUAGAAUAUGGUUGAGGUACCUUAUCCGAGUGCAAUAUUGUCAUUUAUCGUUCGUUCCAUUCGGUCAUAGUUUUAUCCAGACAGUCGACUGUUCAACCUUUUUAAUCGUUUCGUCUCAAACAUGCAUUUUCUAAUGUUUUUUUGCUCUUUGCUGUGACACGAUAUUAUUUUUUAAACUGACGUUGCGGGUUAAGCUGGUGUACGUUGAAUAUGAAUUAUUUCGCGCGAUUUUACAAAUAUGCCAACGAGGAAAUCACAGAUCCUCGCACCAAAGAUUGGUUAUUCGUUAGUUCGCCUUCGACAAUAUUAUUCAUCAUACUUCUGUACUUAUUCGUCGUACGCAAACUUGGCCCCAAAUUCAUGAAAAAUCGAAAACCUUACAACGUCGAUGGAGUUAUGAUAGUUUAUAACAUUCUUCAAAUAUUUUUAUCGUCUUUCAUCGUAAUAGAGAUAAUCAGAUCGUACUUUGUGAAAACAAAGCCAAAUUUGUUUUGCGAUGCUGUUAAUACAUCGACAGAGGAAAUUUACUUAUACCACGCGUUCAUCGUUCAGUUGUAUUUUUUCGCCAAGUUGUUGGAGUUAUUUGAUACGAUAUUCUUCAUAUUGAGAAAAAAAUGGAAUCAAAUAUCGACCUUGCAUGUUUUCCAUCAUUCGGGGAUGGUUUUUGUUGGAUGGGUAGCCAUUAAAUAUGUACCAGGUGGUCACAGCAUGUUAACCUUAGCCUUAAACUCAUUCGUACACAUUGUUAUGUACAUUUAUUAUUUGUUACUGAGCGUGAACCCUAAUCUAAGAACUUCGAUUUGGUGGAAAAAGCACAUAACUCAAUUGCAACUGACUCAAUUUUUCAUAAUUUUAUUCCAUCACUUAUCAGCUUUCAUAGUGAAUUGCGGUUACCCGAAGACGGUUUCAUUUUGGGUUCUGAACCAUAUCAUUUUCAUCGCAGCCUUGUUUACAGAUUUCUACGUGCGAACGUAUAUUUAAGAAUAAUGUACAGCUACCUAAUAAUUCGACAAGUUUUUUGUUUUGUUGAAUAAAUCACGCGCGCGGCUUUGCCAUA